CAAGCACUGAAAAACAUUUCUUUAAAUGAUUUUGCCCCUGAGAUCUCUCAGGCUGAAAAAGAGCAAAGCAAUCAGGCAUCUUCACAACCGGAGGCUCUUCCUUAUCUGAAGACUUGUGCAUCGCUGGACUUUCAUCUGAUCUCUCGGCUGGUGAGGAUGCAGCGAGGAAGUAGGCCAAGGUUUACGUCUGGCUGCUCUAUGGCACGGGGUGGCAUCCUGCCACAGCUCGCAGAGUAGCAAGAGAUGGAGGUCACCUUGAAAAGGAGCUCAGCCCCUGCCAUGCUCACGUACGUCCUGCUGCUUCCAGCCACCUGCCUGAAGGAAUGCAGCCUCACUAUACAGGAACUGACUGAGAGGAAAAGAUGUCCUGUUCUCCAAAGCUGUUGAACCUGGAAAAGUAGGGCAUGCGGGGGAAGAACUGUGGAAAAUGAGAAAGAUACUAGGGAAGCCGUCUAAUAGGAGGUACAAGGUUUACAGUUUACAUCACAUUGUCAAAGACCCCAAACUCAAAAAGGCUAAGGAUUGGGGUCAGCGCGCAGUGUGGGGUUAAGGCACUAGACUCCCACAUGGCUGACCACGGUUAGAAUUGUUAAAAGAAUCCUGAUACAGCCCUACAAUGGCCACUGCUCAGCUUUCUCACUCCAUCAGAAUACGAAAGGCAUAUAAGGAAACGGUUUUCCCAUCUCAAAUCACUAAUGAGGAACAGUCACUGAUAAUGGUGAAGAAACUGUUUGCUACGUCCAUCUCAUGUAUAACAUAUCUGAGGGGUCUGUUUCCAGAGAGCUCAUAUGGAGAACGCCAUUUGAAUGAUCUCAGUAUAAAAAUCCUCCGAGAAGACAAAAAGUGUCCUGGGUCACUGCAUAUUAUCAAGUGGAUUCAAGGUUGUUUUGAUGCUUUGGAAAAGAGAUACCUACACUUGGCAGUUCUUACACUUUACAAAAAUCCUAAGGAACCUGAGAAAGUGACUGAGAUAUACCAGUUCAAAUUCAAAUACACAAAAGACGGAGCCACUAUGGAUUUCAACAGCAGUAAUACAAGCUUUGAAAGUGGGAUAAACAGUGAAGAUAUUAAGAAAGCCAGUGUCCUACUGAUCCGUAAAUUGUAUGUGCUGAUGCAGAACCUUGGACCACUUCCUAAUGAUGUCAUACUUACUAUGAAACUACACUAUUAUAAUGCAGUGACUCCACAUGAUUACCAACCCCCUGGUUUUAAAGAAGAUGUAAACUCACCCUUCCUGCUGUUUGAUGGGGAACCCAUCAACCUGCAAGUGGGAUUGGUCUCGACUGGCUUUCACAGCAUGAAAGUCAAAGUCACAACCGAGACUGCCAGAGUGUAUGAUUUGGGGAACGAUCUGUUUCAGGAGAACAGCACCACUGAGAUUGCCCAUCAGGGUCUGGACUGCGACGAGGAAGAAGAAGACAACCACCAUGUUCGAAGAAUAAAUUUUGAGUGCAGUCAGCAAAGUUCUGAGAGCACCAGGAAGAAGAGGAAGAUCAGCGAGCCAGUGAACGUCGUCAUCUCUAACAGAAAAUGAAAGUUAGAUGUUUUUGCUACCUUUAUUUUAAAACAAUUUUAUUUUGUAAAAACAUGCAUGAAGUGUCUUGGUAGGAAAAUAAGUUACUAUCACCAAAAUCUUUUUCUAAAUUUGUUAUUCAACUUUGUUAGUCAAUUUACUGAAGUACUAAAUUACUAGGUAGGACAUAUAGGUUCACUUUGCCCCAGGAAAACACGGUCACCAGGGCUGCUUUGGGUAGCAUAACUUCAAGGCUAAGUUAGAGAUGAGACACCUUUUCUGUUUUUAAAAGAAUCACAGCAGCUAUUUUGAAAAGAAACAGGCUGUUGUUCUCAAAGGAAAGAAGGGUUUUCUUUGCAUAAUUAAACUCUCCAGGUAUUUAGACUACCGUGACUGUUUUAGCUUGUUGUAACCUGUGUAUUGGAAUCCCUCUCCAGCUUUAUUAAAAUUCCCACAGAACUGCAUAGGAUGUGUGAGGAGGUGCUUAUCAAGGUAUGAUUUAUGUGUUAGCUUCAGUCACAAGGUUGAUCAGCUAAGUGUGGGACCAAAAUGUUGCUUUCCGUAAGUUCCUCACUCUGGCCCUGAGCCUUGUUCUGUUGGCCAGUCCAAGACAGGGCACAUGCCAUAACUCAGGAGCUUGGCUCCCUCUUUAAGGCCUACAUUGAAUAUUUUCCAGUAAGAACUUCCGUCUAUCAGUCUGUAAACUGUAGGUGAUGCAAUUAGUCCCUUCCUUACUCUGGAAGAAUGUUGGUAAACUUAAUGAUUAGUGUGAGGUGAAUAAUAGAUGACCUAAAAUGUUUUUAUUGUUUGUGUAACAUGGGAUUUAAUAAUUAAAUUUAAAUUGAUAGGACCAAGAAGUUAAAUGCUAAGUGUGUGUACUUUAUGAUGAAAUGAAACCAGAAUCAAGGUACUUUUAUUGCCCAUCUUUUUUCCCACUGGGAAAGUUCCUUCCCUUACAGCAGUGGUUUUCAAAAUGUAAAGUGUAGCAAGCACAUCAGCACCUGGAGUGUUCAUUAAAGUAUAGAUUACUGGGUCUGCCUCCUCUCUACUAAAUCAAAUCCUCCAGGGUUAGACCCUGAGGAAAACUAUGGAUUCUAAUGCACACCAAAAAUCAAG